AAUAUUUACGUAUAAGUUUUAGAAAGUUCUAUCUUGGUAUUGUUUUCUUUCGUUAUAAUAUAGUUUGUUUUCGUUGAAACUGAUUUUAUUAUUUGAAUAAUUAUCGCAGUUAUUGUUUUUUAAUGGUAGUGACUGUUUUAAAACUACGAUGUGAGUCUUUAAUUAAAGUCUAGUCUUCUUCAUGCUCAAGUGUGAUUCAUACUUUUUAGUAUUCAAAGCUUGAAAAGCCGAUUACUUUUUCCCAUGUGAGCAUUAACAGUUGUUACUAAUUUUCUAACGUUACAUGUAACUGCUUCAAAACAUGUGUAUAUGCUCGGGCCAGAAGUCGUAUUUUUGUGAACGAUAAGAACGAAAUUAAUUUUCAGUGAAGCAUUAUUGGAAAUCAAGGCAUUCUUAAGGUAUUCUUAUAUCAAGCAGCUUCUUAUGAAUAAUUUGUGUUGAUUCGUUUAUCAAGAAAAGCACGCGGAUUUUCACAAGACAUAGAGUGAACCAUCUUAGAACAACUUUUGCCAAAAUGUUUUUUAAGCACUCCAUUUUACCUCUCUUCAGAGGAUAAAAUUCAUCAUGGGGUAUGUAGCAAGUUAUAGUAUAUCAGGAAUGGUAAAGUUAUCAAUGUAGUGCAAAAUUGCCUAUUCUAGAAGGAGGAUUUUCUAGAUUCAUGUUCUAAAUUCAUAGUUUAUUCCAAGAUAACAGAUCAUUUUCAAGAGGUAAUUUUUAAAACAGCACAUGCGUGUCCAUACUGAACACAAACCUCUUGUGUAUGAAAUUUGUAUGAUGUCAUUUAGUUGAAAAGGUAAAUAUGCGUAAGAUGUCAUUCUGUCAAAAGGGUAAUUUGUAUGUGCUUAUUCACACAGAAGAGAGACUUCAUAUGUGUGAAGUAUGUAAGCAAUCAUUUAGUCAGAAGUGUGAUUUAGAUACUCAUUUGUGUAUUCACACAGGAGAGAAACCUCAUGUGUGUCAAGUAUGUAAGACGUCAUUCAGUCAAAAGGGUAAUUUGUGCAGGCAUAUGCUUAUUCACACAGCAGAGAAACCUCAUGUGUGUGAAGUAUGUAAGACAUCAUUCAGUCAAAAGGGUAAUUUAGACAGACAUAUGCUUAUUCACACAGAAGAAAAACUCUAUGUGUGUGAAUUUUGUAAGAACUCUUAUAAACAGAAGUCUUAUCUAAACAGGCAUAUGCUUAUUCACGCAGAAGAAGGACUUCAUGUGUGUGAAAUAUGUAAGAAGUCAUUUAAUCAGAAGUGUAAUUUAGACACUCAUAUGCUUAUUCACACAGCAGAGAAACCUCAUGUGUGUGAAGUAUGUAAGACGUCAUUCACUCAAAAGGGAAAUUUGUACAGGCAUAUGCUUAUUCACACAGAAGAGAAACCUCAUGUGUGUGAAGUAUGUGAGAUGUCAUUCAGUCAAAAGAGUAAUUUGGACAGACAUAUGCUUAUUCACACAGAAGAGAAACUCUAUGUGUGUGAAUUUUGUAAGAAAUCGUAUAAACAGAAGUCUUAUUUAAACAGGCAUAUCCUUAUUCAUGCAGAAGAGAGACUUCAUGUGUGUGAAGUAUGUAAGAAAUCAUUUAGUCAGAAGUUUAAUUUAGACACUCAUUUGCUUAUUCACACAGGAGAGAAACCUCAUCAGUGUGAAAUAUGUAAGAAGUCAUUUAGACUGAAGGGCUCUUUAACCACUCAUAUGCUUAUUCACACAGGAGAGAAACAUCAUGUUUGUGAAGUAUGUAAGAAGUCAUUUAGACAUAAGGUUUCUUUAAAGACUCAUAUGCUUAUUCACAAUGGAGAAAAUUCUCGUAUAGCGAAGAAGGCGCAUCCGGAGGAAGACCAAAAUAGAGAUUACAAAGAGAUGAAGGUCCCGAAUGAAGAGCAUCUGAGAUGGGGAAUAGCCGGUGGUAUCGUGGAAAGUACUGCGGCCGUUUUCAACACUCCUCACUUUGAGUUCACACUUCUUGGUAAAACUCAAACAACUGUUAGUCAAAAGUUCAGUUUAAACAUGUAUGCGCAUACUCGCGCAGCAGAGAAACCUUAUGUAUGUGAAAUAUGUAAGAAGACAUUUCGUAAGAAGAGUAAUUUAAACAUCCAUAUGCUUAUUCACAGAGGAAAGAAACCUCAUGUGUGUGAAGUAUGUAAGAAGUCAUUUAGUCAGAAGCGUGCUUUAAACAUCCAUAUGUUUGUUCACACAGGAGAGAAACCUUAUGUUUGUGAAGUAUGUAAGAAGUCAUUUAGUCAGAAGUCUGCUUUAACCACCCAUGUGCUUGUUCACACUGGAGAGAAACCUCAUGUGUGUGAAGUAUGUAAGAAGUCAUUUAGUCAGAAGUGUGCUUUAAGCUGUCAUAUGCUUAUUCACACAGGAGAGAAACCUCAUGUGUGUGAACUAUGCAAGAAGUCAUUUAAACACAAGGGUGAUUUAAACAAGCAUAUGCUUAUUCACACAGGAGAGAAACCUCAUGUGUGUGAAGUAUGUCAGAAUUCCUUUAGUCGGAAGUCUACUUUAAGGAGCCAUAUGCUUAUUCACACAGGAGAGAAACCUAAUGUGUGUGAGGUAUGUAAGAAGUCAUUUAGAGGCAAGGGUCAUUUAAAUACUCAUAUGCUUAUUCACACAGGAGAGAAACCUCAUGUUUGUGAAGUAUGUAAGAAGUCAUAUAGUCAGAAGUAUGCUUUAAACAUACAUAUGCUUAUUCACACAGGAGAGAAACCUCAUGUGUGUGAAGUAUGUCAGUAUUCCUUUAGUCAAAAGUGUACUUUAAGCAGCCAUAUGCUUAUUCACACAGGAGAGAAACCGCAUGUGUGUAAAGUAUGUAAGAAGUCAUUUAGAAAAAAGGGUAAUUUAAACACUCAUGCACGUAUUCACACAGGAGAGAAAACUUGUGUGUAAAGUAUUGAAAAGUUCAUUUUUAAUAAAGGAUUAUUAAAAUUUGCAUAUCAACAGAAGAGAGCAAUCUGUCAUGUAUUUAAGAAUUCGUUUGAAUAGUAGAAUAAUUUGAAAAAAUAUGUGUUGGUCUAAGUAGAAAAGAAGCCUUCUGUCUUUUGAGGAGAUGUUAAAUUAGUAUCAACAUUAAUUUAUCACCCUGUUAAGGAUUUGUAUAUGCAGCAAAAAAACAUUUUGUGCGGUCAAGUCAGUUUGAAUGACAACAUUUGUGAGUAUUAAUUGGUGGGGAAAUUCUUAGUAAUAAGAAAGCCAUUCAGUAGCAGAAUUUUAGAUUUAAACAUAUCAUUACAGAGUGCUAUAAAACGUACUGCUGACGUUGUGGUGAGCUUUUUGAGUUGUCAUUUAAUACAAAUAAAUUAUUAUCUAAUUAUUUCUUUUUAAAAAGCAAAAAAUUACAUCUAUGUAAGUUAUCUCUCAAUUGCAUUUUUAACUAAUGCUGAUAUGAAGCUACAUUUGCUUAUCUGUAGAGUCCUAAAGAGUGUAAAGCUGCUUAUAACGACUUGGAUUGAAAAGCCUUGGAUUGUUGCUCUUAGUCAGAGUCUGCCAUGAUACAUUUUGUCUUUCUUCCACCUUUUCUCAAAUUGGAAAUUUCGACCCUGGAUAUAACUUUUUAGAGAUUUUCGUUUCACUCAUAUUCAGUAUUACAUCUGUUAGCUACCAAAAUGCGCUGUGGUGAUCGUAUGCCUGAUACCGCUUUCACAUACUUCUGAGA